UCGAUGAGCAUAAUGAUAAUAAUUGGGAGUUAACGAGACUGUGGGAGUGGGGGAGAAAGACGUGUUGCUAGCUGAUAUAGCCGAGAUUUAUACAGGGUGCUUACUACCCGACAAUAGACUCUGAGUCAUUAAAGCAUGCCCUCCUCAACCGUCGAGUCACACACUAUACUGCAUGAUCAAUUUUAUUAUUAGCUACUGCUACCCAACUCGUUCUUUAUUAUGGCAAUAUCCUUGAUCGGAUCAGCAUCAUACGACUGAUCUUCCCCAGUAGGGUAAAUUUUCAAGUGAUAUUAUAUUGUCAACGUUUGACGUUAUUUUUUUUUCUCAUUCCACCCAGUAACAAUUCGGUGUAAAAGUUGAACAGUUUCUGUUCACAUGGAUUAGACAAGAUGUUUACCAGGAGGCAGAAGAUCAAGUAUGUCGUCUUGUUUUUUAUCGUUCUUGGAUUUUGUAACUAUAUAACUGAGUGGUUAACUUCUGAUAGGGAAACUCAUGGAAAGCGCAAAGCCGUUGGAGAGGCGAGUGAUAUUUUGCAUGAUCAUGUUGGUGAUAUCAACCAUCUGGUUGGGGCACGAGCUCUCCUGAAUGGAUCGUAUCAGAGCAUCCAAGAGCAACAAGGGGGAACGGUCAAACCGAACGUCAGAAGUUCAAAAGAGAUCAAACCGGUGGUUUCCAGUGCGAACCUCACCUAUGUUGGUGACAUCUAUUGCCAGGAGAACUCAAGGGUAAUCGCUUUGGUGUCCACGUUGCCCCAGAGUACAGAGCUUCGGCAAGCAAUUCGGGAGACAUGGGGUAAGGUUAAUGAGAACAGAGAUUUGGCCAUGCAAGUUGUAUUCGUCACCGGAAACCCCAUUCAUAAAGCCGGAGAAGAACAUAGAAAUGGGCAGCUGUUGGAAGAAAUGAGAACUAGAGGAGAUCUUCUGCAGGGUGAUUUUAUCUACGACAUUCAACCUAAGACGACCUUACCAGUGAUGCAUGGAUUAUCCUGGAUUUUAGAUAAUUGCAAAUAUUUCCAGUAUGUCAUCGUGGUCAACGAACAAACUGCCGUUAUACCAAAGAAACUUUUCGAACGCCUUGAUUACUGCGAAAAGAAUGGCGUCUCAGAUUCCCGGACGUGGAUGGGCAAGAUAGUAUCACACUCCAAGGUUCAGAGAUUAGAGAAUGGGUUGUUCUAUGUCUCACAUGAGCAGUAUGCCGAGGAGUUCUUCCCUCCAUUCUGCACAGAUGAGAAUGGGCACGUCAUCACGAAGACAGUUGCGAAGCAAUUCCUGGAGAGCGCGGUGAAACGUUCUUCGGUUGUCCCAAUCGCCGAUGUUUUCAUCUCGAUUAUUUCAAAAGAGAGAAACUGGACUUUGGUGGAGGACGAUAUGUUUACGAGGAAUCAUCUGCGAAUGGACAACAUAUGCGCGUCGCAAUCCACAGUGACGAUGCAUAUUCCAAAAGAACCUACGGAAUUGAUUGCAGCCUGGAAGAAACUUGGAAACAAGACAAUGCUGAAGGAAUGCGUGGAUCCCGAUCUCGAUCUUGUAUUACCCUCCAAUGUGGACAAUCGUCCUUACCUUGACCGAAUCCUCUCCUACAAGUUCACAAAUCCACACGUGUGUUACGACAGAGAAGGCAAGCCAUUGGAUAUAUUUAUGAUCGUGUUGAUCAGCACGCCGCCAAAUCACAGUGAAGUGAGAAAAGCCAUCAGGGAAACUUGGUGUGGGCAGCAGGAAGUGUUGGGAGAGACAAUCCGAUGUGUCUUCAUCUUGGGCGAGAUGUCUUCUGAAACGGACGAACUAAGAUAUCAAUUGCGCCAGGAGGACAUCAAGUACGGAGAUCUAGUUCGGGCUAGUUUCCAAGAAUCAUUUCAGAACCUCACCCUGAAAGUAGUUCUUGGUUUAAAGUGGAUAUCGGAAAACUGCAGACACACAAAAUACUUUUACAAGGGGGACGAAGACAUGUUUGUUAACUUCAACAAUAUCAUCUCUUACAUAAAAGGGUUAGAAAGUCAAAAUCGCGGUGAAACUCUGACAAAGUUUUUCGUUGGGUCCCGCAUGUACAGUAGUAUAAGGUUUUCUCCCAAUAUACCUGAACAUAAAGGAUACAAGAGAUACCAUGUUCCAGAUAAAAUGUAUUUUGGACACUUCUAUCCUCCCUAUUGCAGUGGGGGUGGGUAUGUUCUGUCAGCUGAAACAGUACCCGAUCUUUACCAGGAAUCACUGAGGACAUCAUUGAUCAAUGUUGAUGAUGCCUUCCAGGGAAUUCUCACCAAAAGGUUGGGUUAUGGCCCCAUUGGAAACAGUGGAUUUAAGAACUGGGGAGGGAAGACUGACACGUGUUCGCUUAGGGACAAAAACACCAUGACCAUUCAUGGUAUCGGAAAAGACGCUAAGAACCUUUACAAUGUCUGGAAUACCUAUAAUGCUGAAGCUAACUGCACCGACUUUGGUAUCUAAGGCCCAUAUUCUGAACUUGGGUUUAAAUUAUACCCUGGUUUAAAGUUGUGGUUUAAUUAUGGAGAGCCAUUUGGGGCACAAAUCCCAUUCAGUACACAUCAAAAUUAUUAACUCAUAUGACACCCAAAUUGUUCAUAAUUGUUUGGGAAUGAUAACUUAAGUAUUUUUGAAGUAUUUUUCUUCAUUAUGAAAGCAAACUAUUGAACAUAAGAAAUAUACAAUAGAAACAAUUUUUUUGAAUAUUUGGCUCCCCAUAAUUUUAGCACAGAGUUAGAACUUGGUCUAAGUUAAUCCUGACUUCAGAAUACGGACCUAAAUGUCUCCAGAAGUACCUUAAAUUAGUUGCGUAAGUCUAUUGCCCAAUGGACAUCUUCUAAUUAUAUGUUUGAAUAUACGAGUUUCCGACGAAGGAAAUCAUUUUCUACGCGAAAGAUAAUGAGGUGAGCUUGAAUACCACCCUGCAGUCAUUUAAAUGACGGAACCAUAUAUCUGAAAUUAUUAUUAUUAUUAUCAUUACUAUGAACAAACAUUAUGUAGUUCAUUGGGGUGGAAAUAGACAUCUUCCAUUUGACAAAAACGUAUAUUCUUGCUUUUUUAGAUACACUGCAUAAGUUUGAAUGAAAUGUGAAUUAAAAAUGUAAAUUAAAAGCUCAUUUGAAAUAGCUCUAACAAAAUUCCACGUUAUGGUAAAAUAAAAGAGCCCGGAUUUUGAAUUAUCAUUGGGUAGUUAUUGAAUCGAGCAGUACUUUUAGUAUUUGUAUUCUUAAAAAAGAAGAUUUUUAUAGGUAUCGAAUGUUGUGUGUGGGUAAGGAUUGUCGAUCAAAUCGAUCACAUUGGCAUUCACGAUAUUAUCGAAAUUUUGAAUUGAGAUACUGCAAUAUUAACGGUGAUUAUUGUCUGCGUUGUGUGGAUGAUGUGGUUUUACUAAUUUAGUUGGCGCCUCUAUAAGAUCGUGUUAUAUGUAUAUAUCGUCAUUAUUUAUUUUAAAAUACUCUUGCCACAAGCAUUUGUUUCAGGGUGGAUAGAUGCGUUUCUUAGUUUAUUUGUUGUAAAAUAGAAUUUACGUGUAAAUAAGAAAGAUAAAUUUAAUAUAUCGAGUCUAGAUACGUAUGGGCCUUUAUUCCUCCUUUCCUUUCCUUUCCUCUUCAAUCGUCCUUGUCCCCUUCUCCAGAUUGAAGAAAGCACUAUAGGAUAAAUUUGGUAUCAGUUAAGAAAAAUAAACAAGCAGAAAAAUAUCUAUCAAAAUCGGAUUUAAAAAGAGGAGUUACUGAUUUUGUUUAAUAAGUCAAGCAAUACUGGUGUUGAUAUGUUGUCAUGAACAUGCAAUCAGUGGUCUCAUGAUGCAAAGUACUUUUAUUUCGUGAAACCUUAUUUCAUGUUUCAUCCAUUGUCUAGCCCAUCUCAUUCCACUGCUGAAAAGGGAACUGUUUCACCAAUCUAUGUGAAUUACAUUGUAACUGAUGCCAAAAUACCAAUUUACCUACAUGUGUGUAAAUAAUAUCACGAGGUUUUUGCACCGCCAUGCAGAAUGCUUUCAAGAACAUAUAAAAUGUAUUGAAAAUGCCCGCCUAAUGUUCGUGAACAGCUUGGAGGUCUUUGUCGAAAUUGGUAAACCGGAACAGCAUUUCGUCUUAUGUUUCGGAGCUGACGAAAAAUUGCAAAUAAUUAUAUCGUUUGUCCAGAAUCCAGGACGAAACUGCUGUUUUGAUUCACCAAUUUUUGACAAAGACUUCUUGGUUGCCCUUUGUCAUGAAGGGUAUCUGAAAAUAGAUUUUCUACAUGUUUUAUGUUAUAUAAUCAUAAUAGAGCGUUCUGCGUAGCGAUGCGAAGACUCCUUACUAUCCCUGAUGGUGCGGAAUUAAUCAACCUUCACACAGAAUAAAAGGUCAAUCCUUUUUUUGUUUAUUCGCAGAGGGAAAACAAAUGAAAAUAGACUUAACUUACAUAUUUGUGAAAAUGCAAAAGAAACAGUGCCGAGAUAAUUAUUUUCAUCCAAUCCUUAACAACCCUAUCUUGCAUGUUAAUAACGACAUUCUACACAAAUGUUUUACCAGAUUUUCACCAAAUUAACAAUGAUAAAAUAUCAAUAAUAUAAAAACUACAAAUGCGAUCCACAACUUUUGUUUUCUUCUUGCCCUCUAUACGCUGGUGUCGGGAACAGUGAAUUAGUCUACGGAUUGGUUUUGAGAAUAGUUUUUUGAUCAGGUACCACAUACAUAUCAUUUUUAGAAUGUUAUUUUAAAGAGUACGUUUUUAGAUAUAUGAUAAUUAUGUAGGAUGCUUUUCUAGCUGUUUGGUUUUUUUUUUUUUUUUUUUUUACUAAAGCGAUAAUAUACCAUUGUACCGUUUGGCGACAUAACUACGGCGACAUGACAUUUUUUGAGAUGUCAACAUUGGAAGACAAAUAGCUCCCUUAUGUCAACUGAAAAAUGAUGAUAUUUUGACUUGAUGAUAAUUGCUAUUCUUCAUGUAGACAUGCUUUUGAUGUUUGGUCGACUUAUUAAAAUGAAAUAGCUCGUUAUGUCGUCAAGUAAAAUAACGAAUUAACGCUUCCUAAUACCUUGGUCACAUUUGAUCUACGGCGGCCGUACGGCGAGUCGAAAACAGCCGUUUUAUUAAUUUUAAUUCAAACCACCUAUAUGUAGUUGGUACACAAAAUGUUAAAACGGCUGUUUUCGACUCGCCGUACGGCCGCCGUAGAACAAAUGUGACCAAGGUAUUAUACUUAUGUUUCAUAUACUGUAUGUUUCGAUAAGCAUUAACUAUCCAUGAUCAUUCUGAUGGGUCAACGUAAAAAGCAAAAUGAAUAGGGCGAAGAAAAAACAAGUUAAGAGAAGCAUGUUUUCUUAUUAUAUCCACAUUCAAUCCACGGACCUGUUUCAAAAAGCAUGUUAUAAUGACAAAUUCGCAGUGACAGUUUAAAGCUACUGAAAUCAUUUUACUUGAUUGGCUGAUUGUAAACUUGUUAUAAUGCAGAAUUGUGCAUUUAUAUGGAGCAGGACUCAAACCAUUUUUUCCAGGAAACUUAAUGUAAAAUGUCUUCUUUAGGUGAUAUCAUUUUUAUCUUGGAUUGCUGGUAUGCAUUUAUAAGCCUAUUAGCUGGACAAUGCACAAAAUGUAUAUUCUGAUAUGUGUAAUGAGGAAAAUAGUACAUGGAGAUUUGUUGAUAAUUGUUCACUCUCGCUAUAUUCAUUCGAAAACAAGUGUUGUACCAAACGGUUUGUUGAUUAAUUUCCUGGUAAAAUGUAAUAGUUGUAGUACUAAUUAAAAGCAGUCGAAAGUGUGUAUGUAUUUUCAUAUUCAAUAUAUAUAUAUAUAUAUAUAUUUAAUAUAUAUAUAUAUUCAUAUAUAUACAUAUUCAAUAUGUGUCAACUGUACAGGCAUUUCACCUGUUCACAUUUUAAAAAUGGUUCUUAGACUUUUAAAGGGUUCUAUAUAUUUUUGUACCGUAUUUAGAAUCAUAAAAGGAUGUAAAUUAUCUUAAACAACCACUUCAGAACCUUUGUUUAGGUUAUCAUAAAACAAUUGAAGGUGCUUGAGCACUAACAUAACUUUUUGGGGAACUCCUUACCUCUAGGGUUCCUGAUACCGGACAAAGGGGUACCCAUUCGUCCUUUUUUCUAAGAGUGUUGAGUUAACUUAAUUGACAAUGCUUGUAUGUGUGACAGGUUUAGUAUAUUUACGAUACGAAUCAAUUAAAGUGCCUUUCUGGUAUCAAACCGUGCCUGUGUAGA